GCAUAUAGCAGCAUGCAUGUGCAUAUUUGCACCCGUGUGCAUGGCAUAUUUGUGUGUUUGUGUGUCUGCACUGUGUAUGCGCGCCUGCAUGUGCUACUGCUCUGAUGCCCGUGCCUCCUGCAGACCUCUGGGUUUUGGAUUGCCCCCCUGAGCUUUCCUUCUCAGCCUCAUGUCAACCCUCUUGUCCUGCUUCCUCUGGAGUGAAGCUUCUCAGAGUUGCGUCCUCAGCCUGCUUCUUGCUCUGUGUUCCCUCCCUGGGUGGCAUCUCUCUCUUCUGUAGUUUUGAUGACUGGCUCCUUGGUAAUGCAUCCUGGCCCCCUUUCUCUGGGCCAGUCACAGUUCCAGAGCUGUAGUCUCAGCACCUGUUGGACAGGAAUGCCUGGAGACUUCAUCUAUUCCCCUUAGGGCUCCUGCCUGAAUGCUGGAACACAUGUGUCCCUCCAGGAAAGAAACUCAUUUGCCUUCAAUUCCCUCUUGUCUGUGCUCUCCACCUGCACCCAGUUGGGAGAGCAGUUAGCUCUGUGUCUUCACUAUUCUUGAAGGCUCUUGUCCCUCUUUCACUCCUAGGCCCACUGGCCAGGAGGACUCCUGUGCCUGGCGCAGUGGUUAGCCUCCUUUCUCAAAUAGGGAUUGAACUGUGGCAUGAGGGUCACCUCACCCUCGGUGGCUCCUCAUUGCCCCCAGGAUGGAGCCAGGCUCCAGAUGGCACUUAGAACUCCCUGUGCCUUGGCUUCAGCUGUCUCCUGUAGCUGCCCCACCAAUCCUGGCCUGGCUCCCUUCCCACAGCCACCACCCCCUCCUCUCCUGGGAACAGAACCACGCCACCUCUGGCGACUUCAGCACGCUGCAUCACUGUCCCGGUCCACGUGCCACCUUGUGGGCCCAGGAGAGCCCUGGGGUUCCAGGGUAACAGAGCGCCUGGCCGUACCUCUGAGGCCCUAGUGCUGCAGAGUUGAGCUGAGGGUCUCGCGCUCACCCUCUGACUGACCCAGCCCUGGCAGGUAGAAGAAAAAAGGUGCCACUUUGGCAUGAAGACAGAAUCGCUUAGUCGUCAGUCAUUUAAGCUGAGUGCAUUGUGAUUUCCAAUAAUUGAGGCAGUGGUUCUAAAAGCUGUCUACAUUAAUGAAAAGAGCAAUGUGGCCAGCUUGACUAAGCCGUCAGCGUGUGCAGCGCGGGCAGGACGGCACCGGGUCUCGACGGACUUGUGCAUGUUAGCUGUAUAGAUUUAUGUAAGGUUUUUAAAAACUGGUCUUUUAAAAUAGUCUUAACUACUUUUACUAUGGAGACAUAUGAGAGUCCCUCUCCUCUCCCGCGUGAGCCCGCAGGAGAAGCGGUGAUGGAGAAACGUGCUUGCCCCCUCCAAGCGCUGCCCUGUGAACAGUCUCCACCACCUCCCCUGCAAACGUCCAGUGAUGCAGAGGUAAUGGACGUUGGCUCUGGUGGUGAUGGACAGGCCGAACCCCCUGCUGAGGACCCACUCAACUUCUACGGAGCUUCUCUUCUCUCCAAAGGAUCCUUCUCUAAAGCCCGCCUCCUCAUAGACCCGAACUGUAGUGGCCACAGCCCACGCACCGCCCGGCACGCACCUGCGGUCCGGAAGUUCUCCCCUGACCUUAAGUUGCUUAAGGAUGUAAAGAUUAGCGUGAGCUUUACCGAGAGCUGCAGGAGUAAGGACAGGAAGGUGCUGUACACAGGAGUGGAGCGCGACACUCGUGCGGAGUGCGGUCUGGCCCUUAGCCCUGUCAGUGGAGACGUGCAUGCUUGUCCCUUUGGUGGGAGUGUUGGUAACGGGGUAGGCAUAGGGGGUGAGAGUGCUGAUAAGAAGGAUGAGGAGAAUGAGCUGGAUCAGGAAAAGAGAGUGGAGUAUGCAGUGCUCGAUGAGUUAGAAGAUUUUACUGACAAUUUGGAGCUAGAUGAAGAAGGAGCAGGCGGGUUCACGGCUAAAGCAAUCGUGCAAAGAGACAGAGUGGAUGAAGAGGCCUUGAAUUUCUCCUAUGAGGACGAUUUUGACAAUGAUGUUGAUGCUCUUCUGGAAGAAGGCCUUUGCGCUCCCAAAAAGAGGAGAGUGGAGGAGAAAUACGGAGGAGACAGUGACCAUCCGUCUGAUGGAGAGACAAGUGUGCAGCCGAUGAUGACCAAGAUUAAAACAGUGCUCAAAAGUCGUGGCCGCCCACCUACGGAACCACUGCCUGAUGGGUGGAUCAUGACAUUCCAUAACUCUGGAGUCCCCGUGUACCUACACAGAGAGUCUCGGGUGGUCACCUGGUCCAGGCCGUACUUCUUGGGAACGGGAAGCAUACGGAAACAUGACCCUCCUCUGAGUAGCAUCCCCUGCCUGCAUUACAAGAAAAUGAAGGACAAUGAGGAAAGGGAGCAAAACAGUGAGCUCGCCCCUAGUGGGGAGGUGUCCCCUGUCAAGCCCCUCAGCCGAUCUACAGAGCUGGAGUUCCCCCUGGAGGAGCCUGACUCCAUGGGGGCUGACUUGGGACCCCCAGAUGAGAAGGACCCGCUGGGGGCUGAGGCCGCCCCUGGAGCCCUGGGGCAGGUGAAGGCCAAAGUUGAGGUGUGCAAAGACGAAUCAGUUGAUCUUGAGGAAUUUCGGAACUACCUGGAGAAGCGUUUUGACUUUGAGCAAGUUACUGUGAAGAAAUUCAGGACUUGGGCAGAGCGGCGGCAGUUUAACCGAGAAAUGAAACGGAAACAGGCCGAAUCUGAGCGGCCCAUCCUGCCAGCCAAUCAGAAGCUCAUCACUCUAUCUGUGCAAGAUGCACCCACAAAGAAAGAAUUUGUCAUUAACCCCAACGGGAAAUCCGAGGUCUGCAUCCUGCACGAGUACAUGCAGCGUGUCCUCAAGGUCCGCCCUGUUUAUAAUUUCUUUGAAUGUGAGAACCCAAGUGAGCCUUUUGGCGCCUCGGUGACCAUUGAUGGUGUGACCUAUGGAUCUGGAACUGCAAGCAGCAAAAAACUUGCGAAGAAUAAAGCUGCCCGAGCUACGCUGGAAAUCCUCAUCCCUGACUUUGUUAAACAGACUUCUGAAGAGAAGCCCAAAGACAGUGAAGAGCUUGAGUACUUUAACCACAUCAGCAUUGAGGACUCGCGGGUGUAUGAGUUGACCAGCAAGGCCGGACUGUUGUCUCCCUAUCAGAUCCUCCACGAGUGCCUUAAAAGAAACCAUGGAAUGGGUGACACAUCCAUCAAGUUUGAAGUAGUUCCUGGUAAAAACCAGAAGAGUGAAUAUGUCAUGGCAUGCGGCAAGCACACAGUGCGCGGCUGGUGUAAAAAUAAGAGAGUCGGGAAACAGUUAGCCUCUCAGAAAAUCCUUCAGCUGCUGCACCCACAUGUCAAGAACUGGGGGUCUUUACUGCGAAUGUAUGGCCGUGAAAGCAGCAAGAUGGUCAAACAGGAGACCUCGGACAAGAGCGUGAUUGAGCUGCAGCAGUAUGCAAAGAAGAACAAGCCGAAUCUGCACAUCCUGAGCAAGCUGCAGGAGGAGAUGAAGAGGCUGGCCGAGGAGAGGGAGGAGACGCGGAAGAAGCCCAAGAUGUCUAUUGUGGCAUCUGCCCAGCCUGGUGGCGAACCCCUGUGCACCGUGGACGUGUGAGGACAUGGCAGACUGGGCGUGGGGGCUGCCAGCUCUGCUGCCAGGGAGACCAUGCACCACUCACUCUGCAGCCUCUUGCCGCCAAUCUAAGUUCCUCUCCUACAGUCACAUGUCUGAGGGGUGGAGCUCCAGUGCGUGGGGACAGCCAGGGCCACGUACUGUACCAUACCGUACCGUACCGUACCAUUUCCUGGGGGGCCACCCACAGGUCUGACUGGACAUGUUAGCACAUCAACCCAGCCUGCCUGCACAGGUGGAAGCCGAGCUUGGAGAUGACCUCUGCUUGUGUGGACUUGCUGGAGCCUGGUUUUAUGAAGGUUUUCAUGAGUUUUAGUACAUAACCUGCACUGACAAGAAAUAGUAGUUGAUGACAAGAUGAAAUGAGAAAGCGAUGGUCAAGGCAUAUGACGCCCUGUGCCCAGGACUCCCCUGGGCCACUGCAGGGACCUGGUGAGAGGGCUCAUGCUGGCACCCCUGCCCCUUUCCUGUCUCCUGUGUUUUCACUUUUUGUCUGAAGAUGUAACAGGUAUGACCAUUUCGGGCCUUUUUGGUUGAAAAUAAACACAACUUUAGCAUCAGAACUAUUUUUCAGAGAUUUCAGGAAAAUCAUCAAGGUGUUUUAUCCAGCUAGUGUGAGUCUCAGCCUGGCUUUUUGCCCAAGCCCUGAGCUGGGGUGUGGUCCAUUUUUCUGUUUUUAAUUUUUAUUUCAUUGAUUUUAGAGAGAGAGAAACAUGGAUUUGUUGUUCCAGUUAUUUAUGCGUUCAUUGAUUGGUCCCUGUAUGUACCCUGACUGGGGAUCAGACCCGCAACCUUGGUGUAUUGGGAUGACGCUCUAACUGAGCUACCUGGCCAGGGCCGCCUGCGUAAGUCUUAAUGCCCUAAAAACACACCUUCUUAGACAUCAAGGCCCCCUAUCUUUGCUGGCCUCUGGCAACUUUUUACUAAAGAUUUUUGCACAGCCGAGUCCCUCUGUCCACCCUUAAUUUUUAAAGCUUUUAUGAUAUUUUAGCAUUUGGAAAGAAACUUUUACAGUGUGUAGAAGAUAGAUUUGGAAUUAUGUAGCAGAUAUGAACAAUUAAUGCAUUUUAGCACGUGGGUUUAUUUAAGAGGAAACAAGGACCUUUAGUGCAAUCCAUUCUUGAUCACGAAAUGGCACUCCUUUCCAGAUUUGGUGCAAGCACAUGGACGGUGGCUUCACUGGAUUUCAGAGGCAGCUGCCUUGUGCAGCCAGGCCUGGUGACCAGCUUACUCCUGACCAGCAGCCUGUGCUCUCCAGGUGGCCCCUGUGGACAGGUGCAGGGAUAGAUGUGACCCUGCCCUGAGUCCCAGGGGAUGUGGGUGUGCUUGGUGCCCUGGGUUGUCCCCAUAUGCAAGGUAGUGGUGGUUAGCCAUCCGUUUCCUGUUCCCAAGCACCUAUUCAGGGUGCCACAUGCUCAUGGUGCACUGCCAGAUACAGGAACCCAGCACUGGGUUGCAUUGUUCAUGUUCUUGGGGUGUGCCUGUUCACCACAUCCCCUGUGGAUGGUGUUUGCUUCCAGGAAGACAAUGUUGGCCUUGUGGGCCACCCAGUGUAUCCCUCCCUCAGCGCCUGUGUGACCAAGGUUGGCUUCUGUGUUGACCUUUAUAAAACAGAAUCCUCAAUCAAGUUGCUGUAAUUAUACACUUGCUUCUGUCUUGCCUCCUGUCUGCAGCUGUGAAUCAUUUGACCGUGACUGUUUGCCCUUAAAACAGGCAGAUGCACCAUUGUGAACCAAAGCUUUGUGCACGUGUUACUAGAAGUGGGUGAGCCUCACUGUGGCCUUCCCAAGUCUUUCCUCUGUCCUAUGUGUGGGUGUGAGUGUUGUGUGCACACAGCUGUGCUGUUGGGGUGGAGGGCAAGGAGAGCCUCUGCUAAUGCCACCUCUGUGUCAUGUACCUCCCAGGUGGCAGCUGGGCCAUUGCUGUAACAGUGAGCCUUGAUUGUCUGGACAUAUAAAACAAAACU